AUGGGCGGCACGCCGCGGAGCAGCAUCGGCCACAUCCUGCCCGGCGCCGGCUUCUUCGCCGUCGGCCUGUGGCACCUGUUCAACCACAUUAGGCUCUUCUCCCAGCGCCCGGACUCCUACGUCGCGCCGGUCUGGUUCCCCGUGCCGCGCGCGCGCUACCUCGAGCCCGCCCUCGUCAUCGCCGGCAGCGCCCUCGAGUUCGUCAUGGAGAUGUUCGUGGACCACUCCACCUUCCUGCCGUUCGACGCCGACGGCUCCAUCCCGUCGGACCGGCUCCACAACCACGAGCACGCCAUCAUCUGCCUGGCGCUCGUCGUCUACGCGGGCGCCGCCGUCCACCUGGACCGCGCCCGGGCUCCGGGGCGCCGCGCGCUCUGCCUGCUCCUCGUGUCCGUGGUGUUCGCGCAGGAGCUCCUCGUCUUCCACUUCCACUCCACCGACCACGCCGGCGUGGAGGGCCAGUUCCACUGGAUCCUGCAGGUGGUCGUCGCCGCCUGCCUCGGCACCUCGCUCCUCGGCGUCGGCUUCCCGCGGAGCUUCGCGGUGAGCCUGGCCCGGUCGGCGUGCAUCAUGUUCCACGGGGUGUGGCUGGCGGUCAUCGGCGCCAUGGUGUGGGUGCCGAGCAUGGUGCCCAAGGGGUGCUCGCUGGUGCGCGAGGACGGCCGCGACACGGUGCGCUGCCAUAGCAAGGCCAGCCUUCACCGCGCCAGGGCGCUCGUGAACCUGCAGUUCGGGUGGUACCUGUCCUUCAUCACCGUGUUCGUCCUCACGGUCUACCUCUACGUGUGCAGCAGAUACCCCGCCGACCAAGCAUACGCGCGGCUCCUCCCGAAAGCCGGCGAGGAGGAGGAGGAGCAUGACCUAGAGGCGCGCAAGUGCGGGGUGCCGCGUGACGGCGGCAGCGACGUGCAUGCGCGUGGCUUCGCGCCACUGGAAAUGGAGGCGUAA